AUGACCUUCGGGACUGCUCGCGGGCGGCAGGCCCUCUCGUUCAGCAUUGCCUUUACGAUACUGGCCACCCUUUUCACAAUCAUCCGGAUUUACACACGAGCGUUUUUGGUCAAGCAGAUGGGAGCCGACGACUGGGCCAUCCUGGUAGCCCUCGCUUUGAGCUGGGCCUUUUUCGGUCUUUUCGUUGGAGAGGUCAAAUAUCUCAUGGGGGAGCAUUUUGCUGAUAUCCCAACGGAGAUAUUUGUCAAGCAAAUGAAGUGUUUCUGGGUUUCUAUCCCCAUCUAUCAAUUGAGCCUAGUCACCACCAAAGCCUCGCUCCUCCUGCAGAUCAAACGCGUAUUCUCGACUCCGCGUAUGUGCUUUGCCUGCUGGUGCAUGAUUGGAUUUUUGGCCGUCUAUGGCGCAUGGGUCUUCAUCAGCGCCUGGCUCACAUGCAUUCCCGUGGCGAAAUUCUGGUAUCCGGAAAUCGACGGCUACUGCCUCAACAAGAAGGCCCUCUGGUUCUCCAACUCCGGCUUUCAUAUCUUCACAGACAUCCUGAUCUUAAUCCUCCCCAUGCCGGUGCUCCACAACCUGCAGCUUCCCCGCCGACAGAAGCUCGCUCUCAUGGGCAUCUUCGCCCUUGGUGCAUUCGUCCUGGUCACCAGUAUCCUCCGUCUACAAAGUCUUCUAGACAUCUCCAACUCCUCAGACCCAACCUACGAUAACGCCGGCGCCGCCACGUGGUCCGCCAUCGAGUGCAACGUCGCCAUCAUCUGCGCUUGCCUCCCCGGCAUCCGCGCCUUCCUAUCCAAGCUCCUCCCGCGCUUCCUCUCCAGCUACAAGAGCAAAAGCAACACAUACUCCAAGACCCCGCGCAGCCGGAACCUGCGCCACUCGAACUACCAGUACCAGUCCUCCGUCACGGCGACCGCCCCGCCCUUCCCCAUGAAGCCGCUUUCGAAUCUUCAGCCCUCGGACUCGCAGCCCAGCUCCAAGGAGGCCAUGAAUAAAAUUAAGGUGACGACUACCGUCUCGCAGGAGUCGGUGUCGCACAUGCCGGAGGAUGCCUCGAGUGUGCGGGAGCUAUUAUAG